AAACAGCUGUGCGGUAUUGUAUAUAUAUAUCUCUAUAUCUAUAUGCUCUUCUUCACCUCCAUUGUAGCACAGAAUUAAAAACAAACAAACCAAGUCAUCAAUAGAGAGAUAGAGUGAGUGAGUGCGGUAUUGUAGAACUCACUGAGUACUAAGAAAGAGAUAAGAGUGAGUGAGAGAGAAAUGGCAGCCGAUAAGGUUGUGGAGACAGUGAUUGUCGGGAAUUAUGUAGAGAUGGAGACUGAAGGGAAGCCACAGGAUAUCAAAUCAAAGCUCUCUAAGUUCUUCUGGCAUGGCGGUUCUGUUUAUGACGCUUGGUUUAGCUGUGCUUCUAAUCAGGUGGCUCAAGUGUUGCUUACACUUCCAUACUCGUUUUCUCAGCUGGGGAUGCUCUCAGGCAUUCUAUUUCAACUCUUUUAUGGGCUGAUGGGGAGCUGGACGGCUUAUCUUAUUAGCAUACUCUAUGUAGAAUAUAGAACAAGGAAAGAAAGAGAAAAAGUUGAUUUCAGAAACCAUGUUAUUCAGUGGUUCGAAGUUCUUGAUGGGCUCCUUGGAAAGCACUGGAGGAACGUGGGUUUGGCUUUUAACUGCACUUUUCUUCUGUUUGGAUCCGUGAUUCAACUCAUAGCUUGUGCAAGCAAUAUAUAUUACAUAAAUGACAAUCUUGACAAGAGGACCUGGACUUACAUCUUCGGGGCUUGUUGCGCAACCACAGUCUUUAUCCCUUCAUUUCACAACUACAGAAUUUGGUCUUUUAUUGGCCUCGUGAUGACAACUUACACAGCUUGGUAUCUCACCAUUGCUUCUCUCAUCCAUGGCCAGGUGGAAGGAGUGAAACAUUCAGGUCCAACCAAGUUGGUGUUAUACUUUACAGGAGCCACAAACAUUCUCUACACAUUUGGGGGACAUGCCGUUACUGUGGAGAUAAUGCACGCUAUGUGGAAGCCUCAAAAGUUCAAGGCCAUAUACUUAUUGGCGACUCUGUAUGUAUUGACACUGACACUGCCCUCCGCAUCAGCUGUUUACUGGGCAUUUGGAGACAUGCUUCUUAGUCACUCCAACGCCUUUGCCCUUCUCCCCAAAUCCCCCUUCCGAGACAUGGCUGUCAUUUUAAUGCUCAUCCACCAGUUUAUUACAUUUGGAUUUGCCUGCACGCCAUUGUAUUUUGUAUGGGAGAAAGCCAUAGGGUUGCAUGAGUGCAAGAGUUUAUGCAAAAGAGCAGCAGCCAGAUUGCCUGUGGUCAUCCCCAUUUGGUUCUUGGCUAUCAUCUUCCCAUUUUUUGGCCCCAUAAACUCGACCGUUGGAUCACUUCUGGUCAGCUUCACUGUCUACAUUAUCCCUGCCUUAGCCCACGUCUUCACCUUCAAAUCAGCGGCUGCCCGAGAGAAUGCGGUUGAGCAGCCACCAAGGUUCGUUGGGCGAUGGAUUGGCACAUAUACAAUCAAUGUGUUUAUAGUGGUGUGGGUGCUGGUGGUUGGGUUUGGGUUCGGAGGGUGGGCAAGCAUGAUCAAUUUUAUUCACCAAAUUGACACAUUUGGGCUGUUCACUAAAUGUUACCAGUGUCCACCACAAGCACUGCCGCCACCACCUCCUCAUACUCUCAACACCACUGCCCCACCACCUCUCCAUCACCCCACCAUGAAUCACACUCAUCACAGCCUUUGAUUAGGCACCCAAAACAGUACUAGCUAACACCAAGUGUUCCCACCAAUUGCAACCAUAAUGUUAGCUUCACGCACUCUUAGCUGUUUAGACUGUAGACAGAGAAAUUAAAGCCAUCAAUAUAAAAUGUAUUUGGCUAGUUAUGAAGUCGUGACUAUCCAUACCCAUACGCAGCCUUAAUUCUCUGUCUCCUUUGUUUAGAUUACUGAGUUUGUUAUGCCUUUCUAGGAUAAGAAAAAUUUGUACCCAAAACUGGAAAUUUGUGCUCUCUAGUUAUGUGUUUUAAAAUGCUUAUUUCUCA